UCAUUCUUACUCUAGAGCCGCAAAAUUUAGUUGAUGUCAUGAUGUGAAUAACUGUGCAAUCAGAUCUAUGGUAACCGCUAACAAGAAAGUUGAGUUUUAUACCACUUGAAAAGGAACAAAUAAGUGAAAAAUGUUUAUAACUGUUCGGUUUGGAGACGGCGAAGAAUCAAUCUUUAACCCAAACUGUCGCACAAACAUACUGUUAGAAGACAUCAAAAGACGAUGUAACUGCACUAAAGAUGCGACCGUGGAUUUGUCUGAUGAAUCAGGAAACCUGAAGUAUUUGGCCGAUCAUCCCACGACUUAUGCCACAGAGAUUUUGAAAGCAAGAGAGUCAUUUGUGCUGAUAAGAGUGGAAAAAAAAGGAGAAACAGAAGGUGAUAGUUAUACGCCGAUGUUAAAUGACGUCAUUAUAGUGACUCCAGCGUUUUUAGAGCGUCUUUCCAGGUGCGAAAGCGACAGUUUAAACGCAAAGAGCUCCAUCGCCAGACCUGUUCGAAUAAACAGUCCAUUAACAAGAAAGCAGACAGGACUACCAGGAAAAACAAAGACUUCUCAGUUACCAAGCACAAGUAGAAACAAAACCUCCAGAGAAAAAACACCAGGACAGAAGCGAAACAGAGAAAGUAGAUAAUCACAAAGAAAAAGAAAUAGCAAAAAGAAUGAAAUAGAGUUAGAUUCAACAGUUUAAAAAGCCACAUUAUUAGAAACUGAUUCAAAUUUAUCAUCUACCCGACAAAAUAGUGUGGGAGACGCGGUGGCCUCAUAGUUAGUGCGCUCGCCUCCGGAUCCAGCGAUCCGGGU